AUGUCUGAAAUUCGCGAUCAAGACAGCGAAGGUCGUGAUGAUGUGGAAGACGGCGGAGCAAAGGCGUGGAUUAGCAUUACAGGAGCGAUCCGAUUGCAGCUGGAUAGGAAGCUUUCAGCUCAUGAUGCCAUUCGUGUUCGGGGCCGUCUCUGGAAAGCUUUUCGACGCAGGGUACUUUCAUGCCUUGGAGAUAGUAGGAUCAGCAAUUUUUACUUUGUCCCUCAACAAUACCUUGAGGUAUUCCUUAGUCAGGGAGUUGGAAUGGGACUUGGUCUAGGACUUACCUUUGUCCCUACACUAAGUUUGACUGUUCACCACUUUAGACGCCGCAAGGUACUUGCUACUGGAAUUGCUAUGAGCGGUAGUUCCCUUGGAGCAGUCCUUUUCCCCAUAAGUAAGCAUGGUUUUAUUACCCCAGAUUCACUCUCAUCUCAACCCCAUUUGCAGUGA